AUGUGGGUUCUUAGAAGGUACAGUUAUUAUUGGAAAGACAUAUUGAAAGAUUGCAUAGAGUUUGCAAAAACUUGUAUUGUAUGUCAAGAACAUUGCCUAGUCCAAAGAGUUCCAGCCAUUAACACGCAGCCAAUAGUGAAAAUAUGGCCAUUCAGAGGAUGGGCUUUGGACUUCAUUGAAAAGUUAAGGCCACUAUCUACAAAUGGUUAUACUUAUAUGGUAGUUGCAAUAGAUUAUUUCACAACGUGGGUGGAGGCCAUUCCAUUAAAGACCUGUGAGCAGUCAACAGUGAUUAAUUUUAUCAAGAAGCACAUUAUACACAGGUUUGGAAUUCUAAGGACUCUCACCAUAAAUAGAAGCCUUUCCUUUGUUGGAAGUGAAGUUAUUGACUAUUGUGCUGAAUGUGGCAUUCAAGUAAUUAGUUCUACUCCAUAUUUUGCCCAAGCAAAUGUACAAGUAGAAGCUUCCAACAAAGUAAUUCUUAACAUCCUUGAGCAGAUGAUUGAGAAUCAUCCAAAGGAAUGGCAUCACCUACUUUCUGAGGCCCUUUGGGCUUAUAGGUUUUCAAAAAGAUCAAGUACGGGCUUCACACCAUAA